AUGUCAGAUAUACCAUUAUUUAAUAUACCAAAUUCAAAAAGAAGUUUAAAUAAUCCAAUACUACCGUCUUUAUCAAUUCCAUCAAAUUUUAAUAAUACUAAACCAAAUUUACAAUUUCAACAAAAUCAAAUAAUACAUAAUCAACCUUUUAAUAAUCAAAACUUCAAUUAUAACGAUAUAAAUGAUAACUCCUUUCGACAAUCUCAAAGACCUCCAUUAAAUUCAAAUUCUUCAUCUUCUUUAUCAUCAUCAACUCCAAAUACUGCUCAUUCAUCAUCUGGUUCCAUACCACAAACAAAAUUAAAAAGAAAACCUCCUCCUGUUUCUACAUCUGAUUUGCCUCAAAUAAUAGAUGAUGAAUCUUUAAAUAUACGACAUAAUAAUUCACAACUACAGCAACAACAACAUCAACAAUUUGAUUCUUCAAAUUCCAUUGCAUCAAAUAUUCAAUUUAAUUCUACAUUAGAAGAAUUAACUCCUUAUGAUUGGAAUUUACUUGCAAAUAAUAAUCAUAUUCAAGAAAUAAGUAAAUUAGGAGAAGGAAAUGGUGGAUCAGUUACAAAAUGUUAUAUACCAAAAUUAACAAAUGGUUCAAAACAAAUAUUUGCAAUUAAAUUAAUUAUAACUGACCCCAAUCCUGAUAUUAAAAAACAAAUAUUUAGAGAAUUAGAAAUUGCAAGAAAUUGUCAACAUCAAAAUAUUGUAAAAUAUUAUGGUACAUUUAUAUUAGAAAAACAAUCAAUGAUUGGAAUUUCAAUGGAAUAUAUGGAUGGUUCAUCAUUAGAUUCAAUAUAUAAAGAAGUAUUAAAAAGAGAUUCAACAAAUAGAAUUAAUGAAAAAGUUUUAGGAAAAAUUGCAAUAUCAAUAUUAUCUGGUUUAAAUUAUUUACAUCUGAAAAAUAUUAUUCAUAGAGAUAUAAAACCAUCAAAUGUUUUAUUAGAUUCCAGAGGGAAUGUUAAAUUAUGUGAUUUUGGUGUUAGUGGUGAAGCAGUAGAUUCAUUAGCUUCAACAUUUGUUGGAACUCAAUAUUAUAUGGCACCAGAAAGAAUAAUGGGUAAAGAUUAUUCAAUAUCAAGUGAUAUUUGGUCAUUAGGAAUGUCAUUGUUAGAAGUUGCAAAUGGUAAAUUUCCCAUUGAUAUUUCCUUAGGUCCAAUAGAAGUUGUUGAAAUGGUAUCAAGAAGUGAAUUAAUUUUAAAAGAUUUUGAAAUUGAUAAAAUUUUUUGGUCUCAAAAUUUUAAAAAUUUUAUUUCAAAAUGUUUAAUAAAGGAAGGUUCAAAAAGACCUACACCAAAACAAUUAUUAAAUUUUGAUCAAUGGUGUUUAAUUUCUGCUAAUUUAAAUGUAAGAAUGGAUAAAUUUGUAACUGUUGUUUUAAAUUUAAAUCAAUAA